UAUUGAUCUCUCUCACAGUAGUAGCAGCAGAAGAAGAUAUAUAUAUACAUAUAGAGAGAGAGAGAGAGAGAGAGAGAGAGGAACAAUGUGGAAGAGAGCCUCGAUUCAGCUCCGAGCCCUAGCUCCAUGGCGUCGUCUCCACCGAUCCGCCGCCGUUUCCGCAUCCACUCGAUCCCUCACCUCCGCUUCGCCGCCCCCUCCUCACUCCUCGCCUUUUCAACAAACCCCUACGACUCUCUUCUCUCACCGCUCCUCCUCUGACUCUGAUAUUAUUCUGAAGGGGAAGAAGAGAGUUGCAGAUGUUAUGCCAAUUGCUACAGGUCAUGAGCGUGAAGAACUUGAGGCCGAACUCGAGGGAAGGAAUGUUCUGGAGAUGAAUUAUCCAGUUGGACCUUUUGGCACCAAGGAAGCACCUGCUAUUGUCCAAUCGGUUUAUAACAAAAGAAUAGUUGGAUGCCCUGGUGGCGAGGGAGAAGAUGAGCAUGAUGUUGUUUGGUUUUGGCUGGAGAAAGGCAAACCUCAUGAAUGUCCAGUAUGUUAUCAAUAUUUCAUGCUUGAAGUGGUUGGCCCAGGGGAAUCUCCUGACUGUCAUGAUCAUCACUGAUCUUGCUUGCAUGGGAGGGUGUACCGCUUGCUAUUCUCUCAACCACCGUAAUAAAAAUAUUUGUUAGAUGAUGAGAAAAGAGUUCCUUAUGAGGCGUAGCUUCAAUCACUUUCACCUUUUUGUUUGUUUUUUAUGGAUCAUUGAUUUUGCAUCUAUUGUGUCUGACUAUGUUUGGAUCGGUAUAUUUUUGGUUUCAGGGCCUACACAUACAUUUGAUUCUUUUAGCCGUCUACAAU